AUGUCUGACUUGAAGCAAGAAGAGUUCGUGGGUAGUUUGGACUGUGGCACUACCUCGACCCGAUUCAUCAUAUUCGACCGAUAUGCCAACAUCGUCGCUCAACAUCAACUCGAGUUCCCCCAAUAUUAUCCCGAGCCUGGGUGGCAUGAACAUGAUGCGGCGGAGAUGCAGGCUAUUUGCGAGACCUGUAUUGAGGAGGCGGUGAAAGAUCUUGAAGAGUGCGGUUUCUCUCGAGAAAGCGUCAAAGUUAUUGGCGUCACUAACCAGCGCGAGACCGCCGUCGCCUGGAGUCGCAAAACCGGAAAACCUCUCUGUCGUGCCAUCGUCUGGGAUGACGCGCGGACGAAGAACGUCGUCGCUCACUUCGAGCAUAAGCUCCAGACCGAGGGUCUGGAGGUCAAACCCGGGGUGUUCCGCUCUGGGGAAUCCGGAAUUCAGGCGCUGAGAGAACUAACGGGCCUGCCACUGUCGACCUAUUUCUCUGCUAUCAAGCUAAGAUGGAUGAUUGAUCACCACGAUGAGGUUCGUCAGGCGCAUGACGAGGACGACCUCCUUUUUGGUACGGUGGAGUCCUGGAUUGCAUAUAAUCUCACAGGAGGGGUCAACGGUGGUCUUCACAUCUCCGAAGUCUCUAAUGCAUCACGUACAUUACUCCUCAACGUCCGCACGCUUCAGUGGGAACCUCUGCUCCUAAAUUUCUUCGGCCUGAAGGAGUCUAUCCUUCCGAAGCUCGUAUCUACAUCGGAAGUCUACGGGAACAUCUCUUCUGGCAUCCUCAAGGGAGUCAAGAUUGGUGGCCUUGUCGGCGACCAGCAGGGCGCCCUCAUUGGUAAUAAGUGCCUCAGACAAGGUGAAGCCAAGUGCACGUAUGGAACGGGCGCCUUCCUGCUGUUCUGCACAGGUGACGAUAUAGUCUAUAGUGGGCACGGCAUGCUGAGCACGAUUGCCUACCAGGUUGGUUCUGGUUCGAAACCUGUCUACGCUCUCGAAGGUGCCAUCGCCGUAGCUGGUAGUGCCAUCAAAUGGCUUCGAGACUCAAUAGGCCUCAUCAGCUCUGCAAGUCACAUCAACACCCUCGCCGCCUCCGUCCCCUCCACUUCCGGCGUCUACUUCGUCACGGCCUUCUCCGGUCUCCUUGCCCCCUACUGGGACUCCUCCGCCACCGGACUGCUCAUCGGUCUGACCUCCUACACCACCCCAGCACACAUCGCACGCGCUACCAUCGAGGCUAAUGCGUUCCAGACGAGAGCCGUCAUCGAUAGCAUGAAGCUGGACUCGAAGUCGGACCUGAAGCAUCUGAUGGUCGAUGGCGGGAUGACGAACGGCGAUAUUUGUAUGGAGAUUUUGGCGGAUAUCGGUGGUUUCGAUGUCAUCAGACCGGAGAUGAGGGAGUCGACCGCACUUGGGUCUGCGAUCAUGGCAGGCUCAGCGAUCGGACUCUUCGGUUGGGACGCCACUAAGCCCGAGACGCUCGACGAGGUGAACACGGCAGGAAGCACGCAUUUCCUUCCGCGUAAAUCGGACAAGGAGAGAGACGCGAUGUGGGUUGGGUGGCAGCGUGCGGUUGAACGUUCGAGGAGCUGGGAGGUGGCCGUCGACAAACUCUAA